AUGCCAGGACACGAUCAUCACCACCAUGAUCAUGGCGGCCACUGUCAUGGAGAGGACGGCCACGACCAUUCGAACGACAUCACCCCUGCUCUCCAGUCCCUCCUCUACUCACAAAUUGCUUUUGAUGAUAUAACCACUCUGAAUGAGGCAACCCCCAAGGCCGGAGCUGCUAUCGUGCAGAAAACAUGGGCUGAGAGACUGAAUGAUGAACCUGAACUUGAGAGUGACGCUGAUGAACAGUUGCUCAUGUACAUCCCGUUCACGGGACAAGCCAAAGUGCACUCUCUUCUCCUUUACACAGCACCCACGCCGUCCGCCCCGAGAACCCUGAAACUUUUCAAGAACAGGAACGACGUAGAUUUCUCAACUGCUUCCGACCUUACUCCCACACAAACAAUUGAGAUCCCACAGCCAGUUGCAGGGUCGGAUGUCUUCGAGCUACCGCUAAACCGGGCUCACUGGAACGCCACCACCUCCAUCACUCUGUUCAUCGAAGAUAAUUGGAGUGGAGGGGAAGAGGAUGUCACGAAAGUUGGAUAUAUUGGUUUCAAGGGUCAGUUUUUGGCUUUGAACCGUGAGCCGGUUAGCUUUCUCUAUGAGGCUGCUGCAAAUCCCAGCGACCAUGUUGCCAUCCCCGGUGUUACCGGUGUAGGAGGGAGAAUCAUGCCUGGCCAGUAG